GGUUACGCCAGCCAUAGGGAACAAUGCUCUUCUUUGUAAGUCAUUUAAAAAACCUGAACCUGAAUAAGGUCGUUUUAUCUGCAAUGAUGUGAAAUUUCAACUCUCUGUCUUGCAGUUAGAAACGAGGCAGAAUAGCUACGGCUUAAUAAAAAAGUCCUUUUUGGUUUGUGAAUAUUCAGACUUUUAUUAUUUUUAACUGAGCAGAUGUUUAAUUAAAGUACAUGUAUGAUACGUGACAGAUUAGUCUUUGAUUUGUAGCUCAAGGAAAUAAUUCUCAAGUAGGCUACUAAAUGAACUGUUCUGAGAUGAUGAAGUGACCUUGGCUAAAACUUAAAUUGGAUUGUGUUUCAUUUUUAACGAAGUAAAUCUGUGGAUAAAUUUAUUCUCCUUGACAUUUGCUUGACAUCUCUUUUUUUAUUCUUUUGAAAGCAGACAGAGUUGUUUUGUAACAGCAACAGCAAAUGACAUUACUUCUGCUUCCAGUGCCUAAGCUCAGCCAAGUUGCAGCAGAACUUGGAAUUGGAUCCGCUUCAGAGAAACAAGUCCUUCACACAAGGAGAAAGUGCGCCUGUGGAGAAUAUGCCUGAAAGUGUGAUAACUCUGGCCCUGCUGCUGCAUGCGCAGCUUGGCUCAUCCUUCAUACUGUCAUGCUACUUCACGAACUGGGCGCAGUACAGACCACCUCCAACUAUUUACAUGCCCAAUGACAUCGACCCAUGCCUGUGUACCCAUCUCCUGUAUGCCUUCGCCACCAUAAAGAACAAUCAACUGGCCACCUAUGAGUGGAAUGAUGUGGAGCUUUACAGUCAGUUCAAUGCCCUGAAAAACCAGAAUGGCAACCUGAAGACUCUUCUGUCUGUCGGAGGAUGGAACUUUGGCUCUACAGGUUUCUCACAAAUGGUAUCGAGCCCUGCCAACCGUCAGACCUUCAUCACCUCAGUCAUUUCAUUCCUGAGAAAGUAUGAGUUUGAUGGGCUUGACAUUGACUGGGAGUAUCCAGCCAACAGAGGAGGCUCUGCUGAUGAUAAGGAGAACUACUCGGUUUUCCUGGAGGAGAUGAGAGCUGCCUUUGAGAAUGAGGCCAAGCAGAGCAACAAGGCUCGUCUUCUGAUGUCUGCUGCUGUGUCGGCUGGAAAGGACACCAUUGAUUCCGCUUAUCAGAUUCCCAAGCUUGGCCAGUCUCUGGAUAUGAUCAAUGUCAUGACAUAUGACUUCCAUGGCUCCUGGGACCCCAUGACUGGUGAGUGCAGUCCCCUGUUCAGAGGCCCUAAGGACCAGGGUGACUUCAUCUAUUUCAAUGUGGACUAUGCCAUGAACUACUGGAGGAGCCAGGGAGCCCCAGCUGAAAAGCUGAUUGUUGGUUUUCCUACAUAUGGCAACACAUUCACUCUUAGGAACCCUGCUGACCACGGUCUUGGAGCACCUAUUGCUGGUGCUGGAACUCCAGGAAAGUACACCCAAGAGGCCGGAGAACUAGCCUACUUUGAGAUCUGUGGCUUUUUGAAAGCUGGAGCAACUGAGGUUUGGGACCAGGCCCAGGAUGUGCCAUAUGCCUACAAGGGAAACCAGUGGGUGGGCUAUGACAACAUCAAGAGCUUCCAGUUCAAGGUUGAGUGGCUGACCAAGAGUAACUUCGGAGGUGCCAUGGUGUGGACCCUUGACAUGGAUGACUACUUGGGCACUUUCUGUAACCAAGGAAAAUAUCCACUGAUUAAUGUUCUCAAAAAGGGUCUUAAUCUGGAACAAGCAUCUUGUGCCCCUCCUGCCACUCGACUUCCACCAAUCGCAGGAGUGAGCACAACUACUGGGGGCAGCUCUGGAGGAAGCUCCAGCGGAGGCUCCAGUGGUGGCAGCUCCUCCGGUGGGGGCUCUGGCACCAGCGGCAUGGACAGUGGAUUCUGCGCUGGAAAGACCAACGGCAUGUACGCCGACCCAACAAACAAGAACCAGUUCUACAACUGCAGCAACGGAAAGACCUACUUCGAGAACUGUGCCAAUGGUCUGGUCUUUGACAGCUCCUGUUCUUGUUGCAACUGGGCCUAAAGCUGAAGUUACAAAUUGACUGGUUAACUGCUGAAAGGCUGGAUGACUCUGUUUUACAUUUGUUCUUAGUUCUCAGAGGUUAACUACUCUGAGUACGAAGUCCUUCAUUGCACAUCUGAUGUUCAACAAUGUAAAACCUGAGUAGUCCAUUUUGAAAGCAAAGAAAAUAAACAUGACUCGCUGCAGGCGUGUUGUAUGUAUCCACA